AUGACUGAUGCAUCCCCAGAAGAAGGCUUGCCCAAAUACGCCCAGGCUCUCCGGGAAGCCAACAAAGUGAUCGUCAUUUUUCUGGUGGUUGUGAUCAUGUUGGCUGUGGGCUGUGUGGUCACUGUGGAUGACUUCAAGAGCACGCUGCGCCGCCCAGUUGGCGUCAUCAUCGGGUUUCUCUCCCAGUUCGUGGUCCUCCCUCUGACGGCGUUUGGUCUGGCCCACGCCUUGAAGCUCAAUGCAGCCUAUGCACUGGGACUCUUGGUCUCUGCCACUUGUCCUGGGGGUGUCACCUCCAAUUUGUUUGCUUACUGGAUGGACGGCGAUGUGUGCCUCAGCAUCACCAUGACGACCCUGUCGACAGUUGCUGCCAUGGGGAUGAUGCCUCUGAACCUCUUCCUUUACGGUCGGUCUUGGACCAGCGAGAGCGUUGUGAUCCCAUACAGUAACAUCGCUAUUGCUUUAGCUCUAACAUUGGUCCCAGUGGCUGCUGGCAUGCUUAUCAAAUAUCGGAAACCAUCCUGGUGCAAGAUCAUCACCCUGCUUGGCAGCAUCUUUGGAUUUCUGGCAAUCUUCUUCACCAUCUCCUCUGGCGGCAUCAUCGACCCCUCUAUGUUCGCCUCCCCCUGGCAGGUCUGGUUUGCUGGUGCGAUCCAACCCCUCCUCGGCUACGCCUUGGGUUACUUCUUUGCCCUGGCCCUACGCCGCCCCCACGCCGAGUGCCGCACCAUCUCCAUCGAGACGGGCACCCAGAACAUUGGCCUGGCGCUGGUCCUCCUCUUGGUCACUUUCCAAGGCAGUGACCAGCUCAACAACCUUCUCGUCAUCCCCAACGUCUACAGAGGUGUACUCGCCCUGCACAGCCUGUGGCUGACUGGGCUUUACCUGGCCUGGAAACGGUGGUGCAGGGGUGUCAGUGGGGCCCAGGACCACCACGGAUCCCCAUUAGCCCAGCAAUCAGAAGAACCCGGAAAGGACCGGUGUGAGAUGGAAAAUUACAAUCACACUGAAUAAAAAUGGCAAACCAGCCUCAACAAAUAGAUAGGAGGGAACAUAAUGAAAAGGGAAGAAAUGGAGGAAUGAUUGUGUUCAUUAUUUUCCCCCAAGUUUAUUACUAUCAAGGAAAUUCAGGCUAAAACUGCAAAGUAAGUAGCCCUGAAGUUGAAGUUGAGUGUAAUCACAUAGAAUCUUGUUUGAUGCGGCAUUAGCCAUUCCUGUUACUUUAUAAUAAUGCCAGCGUAACCAUGGAGAAUCAGGUUGAAGUUUUAUGAGGUCAGAGAUUUAAAGGUAUUAUUUUUCAUCAAUCAUAGAUUAUAUAAUAUUCAGGUUUCCUUCAUUCAUAAUUUGAGAUGACAACAAACGAUGAAAAUUAAUCUCUUCAUUCAAUAUUUUGCCCAAGGCGGAUUAUUAUUUGUUUACUUAUAAUACAUCAUAGGUGAAGGAAGACGUACCUUUCAUUUGAUCACAUUAGUUUGUAAGUCUCACACUGACUUUUUCAUCACAAUUAUGCAACUGCUUCAUCCAUGUUGCCAAUGUGCAUACAUGUAAUACAAGGGCCGUUUCUCAUGGUGACCUUGUUCCAUUUACUAAAACUAAAUCUGGUGAGCGUAAAUUUGUGGUUCGUGGGAACCCAUGCAUUUAAUGCUCUCCCAACACCAUUGAAGUGUCCUCUCCCUACAUCAGUAGUCAAUUUAAAAACUCACUUUGGAACAUGCUCUACUCCGUGAGCCUCGUUUUUGUUGUUUUUGAAGUUUUGUUUUGAUGUUAGUUUCCGGUGCUAACUUCUCUGUUUUCUUACCUGUACCUCAUAUAUUUUGUAUUUUCUGUUUAGUGCGCGAGAUUAAGCAAUGGUAAAAAUAGCUGAAAACAGCUGAAAAAAGGCAUAAAGAAGCUGAACUGUGAAAAUCUCCUGUACUUUUGUACACAGCCAGCGAGGGAAAAAAAGCUGAAAUCAGCUAAAAAGCUGAGAAAUCUCUCCCCUGUGUACUAUUGGACUUUUAAUUAUUUGGCGAGUAAUUCAUAACUAAUAGGAAUCAAUUUGUAAUGAUUGUAAUUGCUGGGCACCUAAGGAAAACAGUGCUUUGACACUGACAGUCUCCCCAGGGUAAAGAAAAAAUGAAAUCAAAUAAAAAAAUAAAAAUAGGUGAAUAGGAAAAUAAAUAGGUAUAUUUAUUUAUCAAUUAUUAGCACAAAACCCUCAGACAACAACAUCAUGUUGAAUGAGUCCAAAGCCGCAUUCACAUUUGAAUUUGUGCCCUCUGGCACCAAAAGCUGGAUACGCUGCUGCGGAAGAUAUAUUUGUAUUUUUAGUAAAUGCAACAUAGUCAUCAGCAAGGUAAAAAAAUGACAAGAAUGUCCAUUCUGGGAUAAUAUUCAGCCAAACGUAUUUUGGGAGACGUUCUGGCAACUAAAACCAGGCACAGGUGGGAGUCCAGCCAAAAUACAAACGCACUGAAUUUUUUUGAAGAUCUGGCCUCACAAAUCUUAUGUUUACAAAACAGUUUUGACUAUAAAAUGGUGAGAAACGCAGAGUACAAGUUUUUGUUUUGUAUUGUAAUGAAACCAAUCCUUCAUUUUCAAGAGUACAAAAC